UAUAGAUGCUUUACCGAAAUAGCAAUGGUUUUCUGUGCAAAGUCUUUUCUCUUAUUUGCAUUAAUCGUAACAAUAUUGAUUCCGAACUCGCUGCAGAUAGAUGUCCGAUGUGAAUAUCAAAUUUCACACGGCUGGAAACUGAUCGAAAAUCCUGACAAUGAUCCAUACGGAUGUUUCAUAAAAAAUACGUUAAAUGUAAACGGUAAGACAUCCAUAACUAGUGCAACGGGACAACAUAAUAACGGUUACGAUGAUAGCAGCGUCGUUGCGCUCAACAUAUACGAGGGAACGUGCGAAGUUAUACCGUCGGGUUUCAGUUCAGUGUUUCCCAAUGUUGAAUAUUUCUCGGUCUGGAGUGCGAAAUUGAAGAGCGUGAGCAGUGCAGACAUUCAACAAUUCUCCAAAUUGCGCGAGAUUUGGCUCUAUUCAAACAAUUUGGAGUACUUGGAAUCAAAUUUGUUCGAAUUCAAUCCAAACGUUCAAUACAUCAACUUCAACAGCAACAAAAUCAAAUACAUCGGCGGGAAUUUCUUUACAAAUUUACCAAACUUACAGAAGGCCAAUUUUCGGGAUAAUCCUUGUACAUCGAGUGAAGCCAAUGAUGGUGCUGCUCUAGAAGCAAUUAAAAGAGAAAUAAGACAACAAUGCCCGAUUAACGGAGCUGGAGAGAGAAUUGGAGAUGGUGCAAAGACCAUUGGCUGGGACGACUUUGUGCUGGUCUUUAACAAAACAUAUGCCGACAAUUCCGCGAAAGCAUACCGACAGCAAAUAUUUCUACAAAAUCAACAGAUAAUCCGUACACACAAUAGCUUGUAUGACCAAGGCGGCUCAACUUACUCAUUAGCCUUUAAUAUAUUCGGCGAUUGGACAUUCACCGAGUAUCUCAGCAUUAUGGGCUUUUUCCCAUCACAACAGUCGAAAGAUGAUUUUGCCGCAGCUGCGUUGUAUGAUUUGAGCAAUGUGCCCGCAGGUGAUCUACGAGGUAAACGAUCAACUACUCCUGAAACGAAAGAUUGGCGCAUCGAUGGUGCAGUCACGCCAAUCAAGAAUCAACAAUCAUGUCAAUCGUGUUGGGCAUUCAGUGCUGUGGGAGCUUUAGAAGGAUUAUUUUUUCGUAAGAAUGGGCGGCUCACUUCAUUCUCCGAACAGCAGUUAGUCGAUUGUUCGAAAAAGAACCAUGGAUGUAAUAAAGGAUACACCAACAGCGCUUUCCUUUACACUCGCUGUCAAGGUAUUGUUACUGACGAUACGUAUCCAUAUAUUGCCAAAGAAAAGCAAUGUGCUGUAACAGAAGGCUUAUUCAAAAAUGUCGCAUAUAAGAGCGUUCUUCCAAAUGGUGACGAAGAUAUGUUGAAAGAUAUUGUGGGUAAUGUGGGUCCUGUAUCGGCUGGAAUGGACUUUACUAAUCAAAACUCUAUGCUAUUUCACGAUGGUGUUUAUCUUGAUGAUGGUUGUUUAUCCGAUCUGGGAAGUAUUAAUCACGCGAUCUUAGUCAUUGGUUAUGGGCAUGACUCAGCGAAGAACAUGGAUUAUUGGCUCAUCAAAAAUUCGUUUGGCACGACGUGGGGUGAAGGCGGGUACGGUAAAGUUGCUAGAAACAAAGGCAAUCACUGUGCCAUAGCCUCAGCAGCCAACUAUCCAGUUGCUUAAAGUUUUUUUUUUAUUAUAAAACAUAUAACGUUUGAUCGAAAAUAAAGAGAGGGCAGUUUUUCUGACAAUUUUUUUCUAG